AUGGGAGGUAGGAAUGUGGAUUCGCACCGGUUGUAUUCGGUGGUGGUGGCCCGGGCUUGGUGGUUGAAGGUCAAUUCCCGCGAGGACUGGGGCGAGAUUAUCGAGGAGAUGGCGCUGCCGAAGCGUUGCAUGAACAACAAGUUUGCGUUGAAGAAGAUAAACAUCCGAUUUUUGGUCAAGUACGAGACAGGUGAUAUUCACGGUAAGGAAAAGAAGACGACGAAGAGGAGAACGACAAGAAGCGGGAUAAUCGGAGGUGGCCAGAGCGGCUGUUGCACUCGGUGCAGGCGGUUUACAACACCGCAACUAACCGCCCACAAAUGUUCAUUUCACGACGGCGCAGCUCCAGCCGAAUGAACCUGGGCAGCGUGUCGAAAAAAUCGGUGUCAUUCUCGAAAGAGGAUGAAGUGCUCGAAAUCGAAUUCCGUUCCAAGGGCCUCAUCAACCCAAUGUUCCGGAUGCGCUUCCAGGCCCGCUGAUGAAGGCCGGCAACGUGACCAUCCUGUUCUCUACUUUGCUGUUGCGCGUCGAAACGUCCUUCUGGAACCGUCCAGCUUGGGGUCUUCGGAAGUGACCGGUAGC